AUGUCCAACCAAAUAGACAAGAACGAUCCGGGCACCUCGCUGUCUGGCUUGGUUGCGACGCUCGCCCCGACCGCGCUCAUCGCUGGAAUCUAUGUCGUCGCGUUCCUGAUCCUGCGAAAAUCCCAUCGUCGGUUUUAUGCUCCCAGAACAUACCUGGGUAGUUUACGCGAGGAGGAGCGCUCCGCGCCUCUUCCCAAUGGCCUCUUCAAUUGGAUCGGGCCCUUCUGGAAGAUCCCCGAUACGUAUGCCCUUCAACACCAGUCCAUCGAUGCCUAUCUCUUCCUCCGCUUCCUACGUAUGACCGUGGUUAUCAUGUUCGUCGGCGCCUGCAUUACAUGGCCCGUCUUGUUCCCGGUUAACGCGACCGGUGGAGGGACAGGAGGACAACUUAAUUUGCUGUCCAUGACCAAUAUCGAUAAGGACAAGUCCGGUGGGAAAUAUCGAUACUUUGCCCAUUGUUUCUGCGGAUGGAUUUACUUCGGAUUCGUGCUUCUCCUGGUCACCCGCGAGAGCAUCUUCUAUAUCAACCUCCGCCAGGCCUAUCUUAUGUCGCCCGCAUAUGCCAACCGCAUCUCGGCCAGGACAGUCCUCUUUACCUGUGUCCCAAAGCCGUACCUUAACGAGGCAAGACUUCGAAAGGUCUUUGGCAGCGCUGUACGACGGAUUUGGAUCGUUCGUGACUCCACCAAGGUCGACAAGAUCGUGGAAGAGCGCGAUACCGUGGCCUACAAAUUGGAGGCUGCUGAGGUCAAACUGGUCAGGCUCGCAAAUGGGGAAAGAUUAAAGGCGGCCAAGAAAGCUGGCGCCGCUGCUGAAGAUGCGCCGGUAGAAGCCCCUGUGGAUGGAGAUGCCGAGUCCGGUUCUCUGGCGGCCCGCUGGAUUCCUAUCAAGAAGAGACCAGCCCAUAAACUUGGAAAAUUCGGUUUAUACGGUGAAAAAGUUGACACCAUCGAUUGGUCGCGUACGCAGCUGGAGAAAUUGGUUCCGGAAACUGAAGCCGCCCAAGCCACCUACCGUGCUGGCGAGACCGACACCGUUGGAGGUGUUUUUAUCGAAUUCGCCCAACAGUCCGAUGCACAAGCUGCCUACCAAACUUUGUCCCAUCAUCAGGCCCUUCACAUGUCCCCUCGAUAUAUCGGUGUCAAUCCAAACGAGGUGGUCUGGAAGUCCCUGAAAAUCUCUUGGUGGCAAAGAGUGGUCCGCAGAAUCUUGGUCCUUGGUUUCAUUACCGCAUUGAUUGUCUUCUGGGCAAUCCCCGUUGCUGUCGUCGGUGCUAUCUCCAAUGUCGCAUACCUUGAGACAAUCUCUUGGCUUACUUGGUUGACCAAGAUUCCCGAUGUUAUCAUGGGAGUUGUCACCGGUCUUCUCCCAUCUGUUGCACUUUCAAUCCUCAUGUCCCUUGUUCCAGUCAUCAUGAGACUCUGCGCCCGUCUUUCUGGCGAAGUCUCCCUGGCCCGGGUUGAGCUCUUCACACAAAAUGCGUACUUUGUCUUCCAGGUCGUGCAAGUCUUCCUAGUGGUGACGCUGGCCUCGUCAGCCUCUUCUAUUGUCAAGCAGAUCAUCGACAAGCCUACAGGCAUCACUGCGCUGCUAGCGGAGCGUCUGCCCACAGUAUCCAACUUCUACAUCUCCUACUUCAUCGUUCAAGGAUUAACCAUUGCGUCUGGGGUCCUUUCCCAGGUCGUUGGGUUUGUGAUUUUCGGGCUAUUGUACAAGUUCAUGGCCGGCACGCCAAGAAAGAUGUAUGCUAAGUGGUCCAACCUGAGCGCCAUCUCUUGGGGAAGCACCCUUCCGGUAUUCACCAACAUUGCUGUCAUUGGUAUCACCUAUUCAUGCAUCGCUCCUCUGGUUCUCGGAUUUGCAACCAUUGGCAUGUCCCUAUUCUACAUCGCCUUCCGUUACAAUAUCCUCUUUGUGACCGACUGCCAAAUCGACACCAAGGGCCUCAUCUACCCCCGCGCCCUACAACAGCUCCUCACAGGUGUCUACAUCGCCGAGAUUUGCCUCAUCGGUCUAUUCGGUAUCUCAGGCGCCAUCGGACCCCUUGUAUUGAUGGUUAUCUUCCUCGUCUUCACCGUCCUCUACCACUUCUCCCUCAACUCCGCCCUCGACCCUCUCCUAUACAACCUCCCUAAAUCCCUCGACGCCGAAGAAGAGUGGCUCCGCGAAGGCCUAGAAGCAGGAAUCUCCCAAGACGGAGCCAUCAACGAGAAAGACGGCGGAGCCGUCACCGACGGCGUCGUCUCCCCCUCAGCAGCCGCAGUCAAGAAGCCCAACUUCAUCUCCAAAUUCUUCAAGCCACACAUCUACGCCGACUACGCCACCCUCCGCCGCCUCGCCCCCAACGGCCCCAUCGACCCUGACAACCUGUACGAGGAAACGGUCGCCGAGAACGCCUACCUCCCCCCCUCGGUAGCGAGCGAGGUGCCCUUACUCUGGAUCCCCAGAGAUGAGAUGGGAGUCAGCGCCCAGGAGAUCGCGCAUACCAGCAAAGUCAUCCCCAUCACAGACGAUGGCUGCACGCUCGACGAGAAGAACAAGCUUAUCUGGGAUGAGGAGGGCGCGCGGCCUCCUCUGUGGAGCCCCAAGGUGGAUUACUAA